AUGCGUUCUUACUUUUCUGUGACGUCCCUCAGCCUUCACAUCGCGGUGCUCUCACCUCCCUUUCCACCACCUGCCAUCUGUGCCUCGAGACACGACACACAUCCUCUUUUACUCGGACACCUGACACCUGUUUUUUACCUCCCCUUCGCUCUCUCCCCUCCCCUUCCUUCUCUCCCCUUCCCCCUCUCCCCUUCCCUCUCUCCCUCCCCCCUCCCUCUCUCCCCUUCCCUCUCUCCCUCCCCCCUCCCUCUCUCCCCUUCCCUCUCUCCCUCCCUCGUCCCUCUCUCCCCUUCCCUCUCUCCCUCCCCCCCCCCCCUCUCUCCCCUUCCCUUUCUCCCUCCCCCCUCCCUCUCUCCCCUUCCCUCUCUCCUCCUCCCGCCCGCAGCUGUUCUCAGAGGGGAGGGGGAGUGGGAGGGGGAGGUGGGGAGGUUGAGUGCUGUGGUGGCGGCCAUGAGUGUGGAGAGCCCUUUCUUUCUCGCCUUCUUCUUUCCCAUCUCCCCUCCCUUCCCGUCCAUCACCCCUCCCCUCACCAUAGCGCAUCUCUCGCUUAGGCCAUACGCCUGCCCUCUCAUCCCACCUCCCCAUCUCCUCAUCCCACCUCCCCAUCUCCUCAUCCCCUCUUCCCUUCUCGAGUCUCCCCUCAUUUCCACCUCCUCAUCUCAUCUCCCCUUCAUGCCUCCCACCACCUCUCCUUGCCUUCCCAUCCCCCCCUUUUGCAUCCUUUCAAGAACCUUCCCCCCUUCCCUUCAUUCCCUGCCCAUCCUUCCCUCCCCUUACUCCCCUCCCCUUCCUCCCCAUCCCUGCCCUUCCCUCCAUGCCCUUCCCUUCUCUUCCGGACAUCCCGGUGCGUGCCCGUUCCCCCUUCAUCGCAAGCACUCCUUCCCCCACGCUAUCUCUCCUUCCCUCACGCUGUCUUUCCUUCACGGUCGCGUAACAUGCAUGAAUGCUUUGCUUUUCCUCCCUCCUAUCCUCUACAUCUCAUCUUCUUGUCUCACCUCUCACUCACCUCUCACCCUUUCCUCACUCUCCCCCUUCCUCCCCCCCUAG